GUCCCACUAGUACUUACAAUAUUCAGCCUCGAGCUUGACGAUACCGACAGUUUCAACGUGUAUCAAAUAUACAAGCUGACGACAAAAAACACCGUAACUUUUCACGAACGGUAUAGACGAUAGAUUGAUAUUGGCAAGCUCUGGAAAAGUCGGGAUACAGUAGAACAGCGACGAGAAUUGUUACUUUCUACACACCCUUAAUCCGUAGCGCACCGAACGCAUUCAUCACCAUCUCCCGCCCAAUGCGCCGCGGAGCACCGCACCCCAGACGAUACGAACACCCCACGCCGCCACCGACAGUGCUCCCGAGAGGAAUAUAAAUAUAAGGACUGCAGAGCAUACCUAUCUGUCUACCUACCUAACCUACCUAUCUACCUAGGUAGAGAAACGAGGAAGCAAAAGAAAGGAACGGAGUAGGAAACGUAAGAGAGGGAAGGCCACGGAAAAGAUGUCGUUCGACCAACCGCUCCCCCCCUUCAACGCUUCGGACCCGAACGCCAGCUUCCUGAGCACGUCGUGCCUGGACUUCCUGAUGAUCGAGCUCGUGCCCAUGACGUACCGCGUCGCCAACGAGCUCGACGCCGCCGCCUCCGCUUCGUCUCCACUCACGGAUGGUGAGGGUGGAAGGAGUAAUAGUAAUGGGGCUGAUACGGCGGCGGGCUCGCAUAGGCUGGACGAGGACGAGGAGCGCGACGCCGUUUUCUUCCGGCUUGAUGGGUUGGGGUAUCGGGUUGGGCUGGGGCUUGUCGAGCGCUUCUCCCGCGACCGCCCGCGCUUCAACGACACGCUCGACGCCAUCAAGUUCGUGUGCAAGGACCUGUGGAUGCUGGUCUUCAAGAAGCAGGUCGACAACCUCAAGACCAACCACCGCGGCGUCUACGUCCUGACCGACAACGCCUUCCGGCCCCUCUCCCGCAUGAGCGCCGACCCCGGCGGCCAGGCCGUCGUCCGCGCCCAGCCCUUCCUCUGGUUCCCCUGCGGCGUAGUGCGGGGCGCCCUCGCAGCCAUGGGCAUCGCCGCCACCGUGCAGGCCGAAUCGAGCGAGCUGCCCGGCGCCGUAUUUCAAAUCAAGACCAUACCGGCGAAGCAAUGAUCUCUUUCCGUUAUCAUCUCGUAAUUUUAACUUGGAUCAUCUGCCACCGAAACUAGCAGUGGUCUUCUCCAGCGUGGGUCAUUUGCCAGCGGGGAGAGUACGUGAGCACCGAUGUUUAAUGGGGGUCCGCUAUUUCAUAAAGGCAAGGCAAGGCGUAAAGAAAAAACGGGGUUCAGGUCUAGGAAGGGCUCUAGC